AGGUAGUGUGAUGGAGAAGUGGGUUGGACUCUUGAAGUGGAGGUGGUCGUUCAUCCAAGCAUUUACGGCGACCCAUGGCCAGGGCAUGAGAACGCCCAUAUUUCAUGGGACUUAUUGUUAAUGAUGGUCAGCUGCCCGCUCACCCCGUCUCCGGCACACACCUUGGAUGUUCCGGAUGCGACUAACGGAGAGAUCGGAAAACGGCGAUCUGCCUCUUACAGUCCGCGCCGCCUGAGCGAACGGACAGAACGGAUAAGAUCUGCUUCUGACCUGAAGGGCCGAGGGGAUAGCGGCAGACUAGACGGUCAAGCAAAUCUUAUGUGAACCAAUUUGCUUUCAGUCGGCCUGAAGCAACAGGGC